AUGGCGACCGACGCUCUCCUCCCGGGAGGUGCCCCAACGACCUCACACCUCGCCUCCCGUCUAUUAACCCACACCUCACCACAAUACACCUUCAACUUCACCCCCUUCCUCCAACGCACCUACCAACACAGCCUCUCCGCCGACCGACCCAUCUGCAAAGCUUUCCUCGCCGGCUCCUGCCCCCUCAAAUCCCACUGCCCCGACCGCCACACAACCCCCUCCGCCGGCCCCGGCGGCAGUGGCGGCGGCAGCGGCACAAGUAACACCCGCGAUGGCGGCGGCGGUCCCGGCGGAGGAGGAGGAUUCGGCUCCCUAGUCUGCAAACACUGGCUGCGGGGCCUCUGCAAAAAGGGCGAGAGCUGCGAGUUUCUGCACGAGUACAACCUGCGUAAGAUGCCGGAGUGUAAUUUUUUCGUGCGCAACGGCUACUGCAGCAAUGGCGACGAGUGCCUGUACCUGCACAUUGACCCGUCAUCGCGGAUGCCGCCGUGUCCGCAUUACGAGCGGGGGUUUUGUCCGCUGGGCCCGCGGUGUGAGAAACGCCAUGUGCGAAGGCGGUUGUGUCCUUAUUUCUUGGCUGGGUUUUGUCCGGAUGGGAGGGCGUGUCGGGAGGGUGCGCAUGCUAAGUGGACGGCGGAGGGGGAGUUGGAGAAGCCGAAGGUUAGGGAGGAGAAGUCGAAGGAGGAGAUUGAGGAGAGGGAACGGGAACGGGAGGCGCAGAUGCAGAUGCAUAGGGAUAGGGAGAUGGAUCGGGGGAGGGAGAGGGAUGGGGACAGAGGCGGGCAUGAAGGGCGGCAUAAGGAUCGGUUUGGUGGUGGGAGACGCGGGGGGUGGAGAGGGAAGGGGGGAAGAUUCAGGGGGAGAGGGCAUUAG